AUGGAGACUCAGGAAGACAGUCUUGACCUGACCUACUUGAAAAAUGCAGCCUUAGGCCUCAGUGAAUCCCAGGCUUCACUUAGCGGACACACGGCUUUCGCUCUUACGCGACUAACAUCAACAGCUGCGGGCUAUGGUUCACUCCUUGAAUAUGGAAUGCUCAGCAACCAGUCUAUGGUUGUCUCGGAGAAACCCAUCAGUUCCACGUCGAGUGUAAAACACGAUCACCCCGAUGACCACACUGGAAAGUCAGUAUACAACACAGCCAUGUCAAACCCGAGAUCUUCUGCCACGGGAAGGUCAAAUACCGCCCCAAAUGUACAGGAUGGAGAAGUAUCGCCUUCAGGAAGUGUUUUGGGGGAUACCCAGCCAGUAUCUCAGUCGGUGUACGAGGGAUUAUUGAAUAGCAGAAAUAUGGACAACGCUUCCUUGGAACGCCCGUUUACAAAGGUUAUAGAAACGGCGGAGGGUGGAACUACGCAAAUGACGCUGCAUGAAGGCGAUACAGGGCAUGUGGAUUUAUUUUCUGAGGCUGGAAGCAUCGCGGGCCCUGCCCACCCCCACGAAGACCGUGACUCGCAAAUCUCUGAUACGGGGAAUUCCUCUCCGACACAGUACGAGCCAUUUCCAGAAUCGCAAAGAUUCACUACAAGCACCCCAGCAAUGCAAACUGGCCGGAACUUGUCGAAUAUUCCUAGCACAGUUACUCCCUCGACCCUUCGGAACCCCUUCGCACCGGAUAAUAAAACACCAGGGUCUGUCAUGGCGUUAAGUCAGCUUUUCAAUGCAACGCAGGCCGCCUCAUCUCCGUCUGCUCAUAUGCCCCGGCUAGAACUACCGUCUGAUAUGCCAUCGCCAAAUAUUCCUAUUCAGCGGCCGAUCCGUAAUGCUAUAACUUUCCCUUCAAAAUUUAUAGACUCGUCCAUGUCUCAACCUGACCAAAUUGAACCAGAGGCAAAUUAUAUAUCCAUGAAAGAAUCGCAAGCCGAACGAGAAAAACGGGGUUUAAAACAAAAAUCUGAUCUAGGUGGCAUUGUCGGAGAUGACGAUUUCUUUCAAGCCGAAGAGUCUGCCAUUGAGCGCCGCAUACGCCAAAUGCAGUUGAAAAAUGAAGUUCGAAAGGAAUUUGAGAACAUUAAAGCCCCAGCAAGAGUAGUUCAACGCAGAAAUUCUAGACGUAAUGUCUCAUCUUCGCCGCCUCUAACUGCAGCCCAAAUGCUUAACAGACAGAAAUCCCUAGACCCGGUGCUAGAAGAUAAUGAUGAGGAGAAGGUUCUCAAUAGUGAUAGAGGUGAGGAUAGUGAGGUUGAAACUGAACAGGAGGAGAUUUCCAUGAUUCAACCGCUCUGCAGCUCUCAGCGGACCCAAUCUUUCUCUGAAGAGGACAAGGAAAAUGUUGAUAGUGGCCCUCCUCAAACUUCGAAUAUAGCUGUUAAUACUCAUAGUGCGCUUUCGAGUGUCUUGGAUCUUGACCGGAGUCCGUUGAUUAGCCGCCAAAGGGCUGUUGGAGCGCUUUGUUCUCCCAAAGAAACAGGUUCUCGACCUACAACCAAUUCCGGCCUAGGAGUACGACCACCUUGGGCUUCUCAGCCAGAAACAAGAAAUAACCCUCGAGAAUGUGUGAUCAAAUAUGGAACACAAGGGAAAGAACACGAUACCAACUCCCUGGGCCAUAGAAAUACAUCAAUUGACGACGAAAUAAGGCCCAGAAACCUGUUGAAACAAAUACCUUCAUCACCUCCUCUAAGGGACCUUGACAAAAUUAUCAAUUGUCAGACAGACGAUGAGAAUGAGCUAUCGGACCCGGAACUUCCAUCACCGUCACCCUUGCCGAAAAUAGUCAAUGAUAGCCUAACUUCUCAUCAUCCAACACCUGGCACCCGUGGACCCGAGGUGUCAAAUCUAAACAAAGAAUCUUCUAUAACUUCACGGGUCUUUGAGACCCCUUCCCAGUCUGCCUCAGACGGGAGAACUAUAUUACGAACAGUUCCUGACACUAGUCCCACGGGUCGACGACGUUUUUUCUCCGUGUCCGCUACUGUCUCUUGUCAUCCAAAAGCAUUCAAAGAUACUACCGAUGGUAUGGACGAUGAUGAUAAUCUACCUGACCCGCCACGUUUCAAGGGCUCUACUAUAUUAAAAUCACUUGGGUCUCAAGAACUAGCGACCUCCCGUACUUCCCGUCAUGUUCAGGCUAUCCUGUCUAGCCCUAGUGGCCGUCAGCGGAGGAGUAUGACAGCCAUUGCCUCAGACCAAUCCCCACGGCUUGCUGCUUCCGAUAUCCCUAUCAACGAAAUUCGUCUAAUUAAUGCAGAUGACCGUAUCUUUCAAUCAAUGAUUGCUUCCAUCGAUUCCCCCAUAAAAAAGAGACGCGGCAACGAUGGCAAGAAAAUCCAGAAUAUUAUACGAAGUCAUCAUCACAAUUUGGCCAACGAGCUAGACUACAAUACGCCAGCCUAUAGCCCUAUCUCUCCCAGUGAGAAAGUGGAUAAUGCAAUCUCUAGGUCCCUUCAAAGGGCGCCUAAGCCGCUACCUCAAUCAUCAGAGUCUCGCGAUGACGAAGACGCCACUGAUAUUUGGGAUGUCCAAGUCUCCCCUCAAAGCCGUGUGGAAAAACCCAAUGUUUCCCAAGAUCCUAGUCUUCAAAGGGAGAUGCACAAGGGGAAUCGGGUUAAUAACCGGAAAAGGCGCGCAAUCCUUGAUGCUGUCGUUAUUCAUCUCCCGCCCAGCUCAUCCUCUACACCACUUGAACUUUUAUCGCGUACCCCUAGUUCACCCUCUCUUCCGGCUGAAACAGAGAAAAUUGAUUCGACUCAUAAAUUCAACAAGGACACAGAAAAACUCAAUAAGGAAAUUAUCGCUGCAAAUAAUAUCUUCGCCUUCUUCAACGGUCGACCAACCGGGUAUUACCCAGCGAUCUGUGUGGCCACUAAUGAUGGUGUUGCAAGCCAGCAGCUUCUUGUCAAUUUCGAUGAUUCCGGAGUUGCUGAGAAAAUUGAUAUCCGCGGAGCCAAAUCCUUAGAACUGAGAAUUGGUGAUAUUGUAAAAGUUAACCACCCUGAUAUACCCAAGGCUCCGCAUUAUAUCAUAGGAUUUGGCACAAAAAUACAAACCCCAACGGUCAUAGGUGCUGAUAUGAGCAAUUGGGAUAAACAGAUGUCCGAUAUCUAUGGUCACACCACUGUUCGCUUGAAGAGAAAGUUGACCAAGGUUGUUCCCAAGGGCAAGAUUCCACGGACUAUUUCUGUACCCAUAUCCAGGAUAUAUUUGGAUCAAAAUCUAUGGUCGAGAUUUGGAGAACGCCCUUAUUCCCCUAAAUCACUACCAAGAGAUUCGCAUUCUGGAGUGCACCAAACAAUGGAGCAAAGCAUGCAAGGUCGUAUCACCCAAUUUUCACAAGCUCCAGUCGUCGAACCUGGCAGAAUUGGCAUAUUUUCUGGAAUGACUUUUGCCCUUUCCUACUCUGGAAAUGAGAAGAGAGGCAAAGAUGUUGAGUCUAUGCUUUCUGAUAACGGUGGAGUGAUCCUCAAAGAUGGAUUUGAUCAACUAUUUGAGUCAUCUUCAUGGGGACUUGCGCAACACACUACCAAAGACGAACAGCUACAAACCGAAGGUCCUCUAAUGCUUACCCAACGUGCUAAAGAGAUGGGCUUUACCUGUUUGAUUACCGAUCAAUACUCAAGGCGCGCCAAGUACAUGCAAGCUUUGGCUCUUAACCUUCCAUGCCUUGCUAGCCAGUGGGUAUAUGAGUGCAUCGAGAAGCAGGAAGUUGUGGAAUGGGAGCCAUACCUUCUUGCUGCAGGGUCUUCCAUAGCCCUCGACAAUGCCGUGAAGUCACGAAUACUUAGGCCAUAUCAUCCUUCCGAAGCGAAGCUGCUAGAUGUGAUUAGUGCCCGCCCAAAGGUCUUCACCAACCAAUUUAUGCUGUUUGUUAUGGGCCGCAAGCAGGCAGCACAGCAACGAAAAGCAUAUGCAUUUCUCACUCGCGCCCUAGGCGCUGAGCAUGUUUAUCCCGUUCAAACUCUACAAGCUGCUCUUGAUAUAUUAUCACAAACUAAGGAGCCUCAUCCGGAACCAAAAGGCUGGGUUAAAGGGUGCAGCAGAUGGGAUUGGAUAUAUGUUGGCGAUGAGAGUGCGGUUACCACUGCGCGCACAGCUCUAUCCAAACUGCAGUCUGCCUCCGGUCCUGAAGUACGAAGCCGCAGACGGUCCAGCAAGGCAUUGGAAGGGUCAAACUGUGACAACGUGAAGACGGUCGACGACGCUAAAAACAUCAAGAUAUUGGAUAAUGAAUUCCUAUGUCAAGUUUUGAUACUAGGUCGAUUGUUUGAGAGUUGGACGGAAACAGAAGUUUUAAUAAUACCCUAG